AUUAAACUUUAUUUUUGAGCUCCCCUGUUAAAGAGAGCGGCUGUAAUAUGAGGAAGGGGGCAGAAUUCAGUUAGAAGCGUGAAAACGAGAAGGUGGUGUUGAGUACGAGUGAGCGAACAUGUCAAAGAAGACUUGGAAGUAAGAGGCCAGUGAGCAUCAGACAGCUUGCAUGGAUUCGAGAAACCAGGAGGAGGAUGUUCAGAGGGAAACACCUGCAGAUGCAAAACGCUGUCAGACAUGUCAGCUUACAGCUUGUGUGGCUGUUGCUACGACAGCCGCAGCCCUGACCAUGGCAGUUCUCUUGUGUUUAGCAUUAUGUGCUCCACAAGCCGAACAGACGUCCAAAACUUCAGGAAAGGAGCUGCAGCAGUGCCAAAAAGAGCAUCAUGAAGUGAAGCUGAUGCUCCACGCCGUCACUCAAGACUCCAGGUGCAGAGUGUGUCCGGCCGGCUGGCUUUGGUGGAAGAGUCACUGUUACUUCUUUUCGGUGGGACUGCAGGACAACUGUCGGUGGAAUGAGAGCGCCGAGUUCUGCCGGCGGCACAACAGCAGCCUGGCUGUCAUCAAAGACUCUGCAGAGAUGGAAUUUAUCCAAGGUGUGAUGAGGACAUUCCCUCAGUUUCCCUUCCUGUGGGUGGGACUGACAGACGCCGAGCAAGAGGGUCAGUGGCUGUGGUGGGACGGGACAGACGUCCAGCACUACACGCUGGUGAUGGUGGAGUGGGACGCUGAUCACAGGGACUGUGCAGACCUGAGAGAAAAUGGGAGUUUCUUUGCUGCCGACUGUGAUGAUUAUGGACCCUGGGUUUGUAAGAGGGAGUCCUGACAGGCAGCACUCACAUCUAUAAACCUUUAUAUUUAUUCUUUAUGUAUAACGUGCUGGCACUCCUGCUCCAGCUACACUUCAUCAGGCAUCUGUUUUCUUGAAGGACUGAGUCGGCUCUGCAAAAGGCACAUGUGUCUUUCCAAAAAACUUUAUUAAAAAGCUUUACUUUUGUAACAUCAACAUUAAUAUGAAUUAUGUGCAUGUCUGAAAUUGCAUUGUGAAGUGCAUGCGUGUUUGUAGAUGCAGAAUGUGUUCACAAUCUCACUGUCUACACAUAAAUGUGAAUUUCAACACAUACAGACCAUUUUAAAUAAAUAUUAUUUUUACAUUUA